UUUUUUUUUUUUUUUUUUUCUUCCGAUUUUUCCGGUCCAGAGUCAAUUCAACUUUAUAUGGGGAAAAACUGGCUGUCAGGAUUUCUUGGUAAAUCUAUGGAUCACAUGUGUGGCAAAUAACUAGGGAUACUCGAGUAUCAUACUCGUAGCGUUGGCAAUAGCUAUGGCUUUCUUGCGAUAUUCCUGUCCACUCUCGAAUAAGGGUCCAGACCCCUGAGGGAAAUUCUUACCCGAAAGGGCGAUUUCUCUUCACGAGAUUCUCAAGGGGUUGCUCGUGAACGAGCCCUGACUUUUAGUGAUCUUUGGGGAGACAUUGAAGUAUGGGAGGAUUGAGGAUGGGUGCGGUAGUGGUGGCUGAAGUACGGGUGCUGUACUGUAGCCCCACCAUGCCGCGUCAUGGCCCGUAAGGAGGCCAGCGUGGCUUCGUAGAUUUGGACGGUGAGCUCGGGAGGACUGGUUCUUUCACAGUAUGGGACUCGAACGUGCAGGCAGGUAUUUGAACUUGAAGGUGGUUUCCGUGCUGUGCUCGCUCGCUCGGGUGUCGGCGGUUUAACCCGGGUCGUCAGUGGAUGUGCGAGAUUCCCAAUUCGGGCGGUAAAAGUAGGACUCAGGAGCCCCCACAGUGCCGGUACAAGUGCUCGAACAGAGGGAGGUUUUCCGAACUGGAGGUUUCUCACUUGUAUCCAGAUUUUAUCACUGCCAAGCAAUGGGGAAUGGUGCCGUAUCCGUUUCAUGGGAUGGCAUUCCAAGCUCGCGGGGUGGGUAUUGGGGAUGGUCUUUGAUGUUACUGCACUCGAGUAGAGCAGCUGCCCUGCCGAUUGGUUAAAUCGGGGGCAGUGGCCUGUGCUCUCUGCACCCAACUGUUUGUCAAGAACACGGAGCGCUAAGGGGCCUCACUUCGAAUGUCCCUUACUACUGUCUGUCUGCAGUGUACAUGUACGAGUAAUUUUUCCCUGUAUUUCUCUUCCUUUCCUUUGGACCCUCCUGCUUCCUCCCCUCCUCCAUUCCAUGAGAAGGGUACGAGUACCGUAGCUUUGCUUCAGCUUUUUUCUCUUUCCAACUCCAAUUUUAUUUUCGAAACCGGCCUUGAGCAACCCCCAUCCCGUUCCGCACUGUCCCGCAUUUUUGGGAAUUCCCGACGCAUUUACUUUGUGUCGUUAGUGGAAUCCGAACUUGCCGCUUCAUGUGCCGCUACUUUUCUCAUGCCCGAUAUGAUACCGCGUCCAUUAUGGGGGGACAUAUGACCCGGUCAUGCAAUGCACAUAAUAGUCUGCCCUCGAGGAGAUAAAACGCCUAACCUACGGGUCGAGCAAAGUAUGGAAGGGGGUAGCAAGAAAAAGAAGGGGUGGAUGGAGGGUGCGUGGUUACGGUAUUGAAGUUGGUCAGCUAGCUGGGGAUCCCCACCGGGCUCCACUGACGUCAUAUCGCAGAUUCGGUGGACCAGCCUGAAGAAAUGAACCCUUCCAUGGACCCUCGCCUUGAGUCCUGGGGCACACAAUCAAAGCAAGAUCAGCGGGAGCAAGUCUCGGAUCCUCAUCUGCAUAUUUUUUUCAUUUUUUUUUUAAAAAAAAGGAAUCACAAAUAUCCACCGGCGGCGUCCAGUCUUUUAUUUACGAGAGCUAACGUCCUCGGAACCGGGGAGCUUUGCGCUCUGGCUCCUGAGACCCCACGGAGCAUGAAUAUCUUGCUUGUCGCUCUACGCAUCCAUCUUGGGGGAGACGAGACGGGACUGAGACCUUAAAACAGGCCUCCCGCGGCGGGAACCUGGAAUAGCUGGUUAAAGGUGCCACCGCUUCUCACCAGGUAAACCACCGACUACAAGCCCCUCUCUGCGCGCACCUCACACUGACCCCUCCAACUAGUUACUACCUUCUCUAUUACUCUAUUAGACGAUACGAGCACACCUACAUAUCAUACCUCGUAUCUCCCAUCUUGCAUUCGCCUUCUCCCCUAGCCUCUGGUACCGUCCCCUUCGGCUCCGGAGGGGGUCCUUGUCUGCCCUAUAUUAUUAUUAUAUCUUCAGGGGGUGUCCUUAGGUGCCGGUGGUUUUGUGGGCUUGGGUGGCGGUGUUAAAGUCAUUCUUGCUGCGCUCGUCCUAGCUCCAAUACUGGGUCUGGACUGGACCAUCUUAUUCCCUCUCACCAUUUCCCCCUCCUGCUUGCUUGCGCAAGCCGCUUCGCUUUAUUUUGGGAAGGAGAGAAAGUUCGGAGAAAAAAAGAAACAACUACCGAGAAAAAGGACCAAUCAGAAGCCCAGGGUAAAGCUUGUAGAGAUUCUUGUCUGAAUAUUCAUACCUCCAUUUUUCCUCGCUUUUUUUCUUCUCCUUUUGCCCUUUUUUAUUUAGCCCCUAAAAAAACUAUUUUGUCUUUCCCUCACCUUUGCUUUGGACUCACUUGCGUUUGGUGUCCCUCUCAACAAUGGCAGAUCCUCGACUCGGUUCAUUCGCUGGUGCCUCUCGGAAGAGUAAGAGUUCUUCAGCCUCUUCGCAAGAGCCUGGUCAAUCUCCUACUAGCCAGCCACCCUUAAAAGUUCCAAUUCCUCGGCUCCGAAGGUCGAGCGUUGUUGGGGGGGAAGAGGGCAAUAGUGGCUCUGGAGGUGGGAGUGACAAACAUAGGGUAUCUCAUGCAUGUGAGCCUUGCCGACAGCGAAAAACAAAGGUUCGAUCCACUGCCCACAACCCGGCCCGUCAAAUCAAUGCUUGAUUUCAUUCGUUUGUGAAUGUUUUGAGCCCGGCGCUGACGGUUUAUCGCAAAUUUCCAACACGCCGAUGUAAACAGUGCAGUGGCGAACGGUACUGAAAUCUUUAAUCUGCCUCAAGCCUAGCCAUUAUAGCUGACUUAGGCCCUGGCACAGGCCAACUUGCAAACAUUGUCAAGACUUCAAGUACAGUUGUUAUUACGCGGAUGGGAAGCGAGACAGGGCCAAAAAGUUUGGAUUGCUUGUUUGGGUUGUUUGAUUGGAUGCGAAUAUUUUUCACUGACUUUUUUCUAGUGAGAUGAUUAUGCUGAAAAAAAGGGUUGAGAUUUAUGAGACUCUGCUGGAUCAGCUGAAAGAGCAGGUGGACAGCGCUGGACGGUUGGCGAUCCAAAAGGCUUUGCGAGAGGUUGGUGUAUGCUCCGACGAAGUCAUUAUACUUGCUUUGCAUAGCCCGCUCACACAAUAUUUCCUUGGCAUCGUAGUCGCCCGAAAGGGGACAAUAUCGAUCCCCCGUGAAGAAUCGUGAUGGGGAAUCCCUUGUUACGGCCGAUGUUGGCUCUACUGGUUCCGUUGACCACAUACGGCAGGAUCCUAAUCCUGCCGAUAAUGCCUACCCUACUGGCUACAUGGGCAAAAAUAGCGAAGUGGCGUGGAUUCAACGAGUGACUCAACAGCUCGCCAACGAAGCUUAUAAGAGUUCCCCUAUCGAAGGUUUGCCUCUAGGGGGUGCAGGAACUGCAUUAGGUAUUACCGCAACAGGUGGUUCCCGAUCAACCUCGGUUUCUGGUACAUCUGGACCUUCAACUAAAAGACAGACUUUGGAGUCAAUAGCACACGCCACGAAGGAUGAUGCGGACUACCAAUUUGAAACGCCCACCUACCACUUGGACGAUAUGUCGGUCUCGAUCGCCGGAUGCGACAUCGAUCCGUUUUACCUCCCACCGAAGGAUGCGGCCGACCAGCUAGUGAAUGCUUUCUUCGAAACGGUUUACCCAACUUUUCCGAUUGUGUUGAAGGUGCUCUUCAUGGCCCAAUAUGACGCCUUUUUCCAGUACUUCUUCCCCCCGGAGAGUUCAAAGCGCUGGCUGGCCAUGCUAAACUUGAUGUUUGCCAUUGGCGCUCUCUAUGGGAAGCUCACCAAUGCUGAAUGGAAAGGAGAGUCGGAAUUGGAGCACCUCCGGUACUUUGCUCGGGCACGAGUACUGAGCCUGGACGAAGGCAGUAUGUUUGAGGUUCCGGAUCUACAGCAGGUCCAAGUUGUGAGCCUAGCGGGAAUCUAUUUGAUUGCUAGCAAUCAGACAAACCGGUAUCUAUCCACUCAUGCCCCCCGACUCGAGCGUUGCUAGGGAAUUUUGUGGGAUCAGGUGGUUUAUUAUUUUCCGUCAUGACCGCACCGCGUCGUAUACUCCUCCUCUUCUUCGUUCUUUAGGUGUGGCUGACUAAAUGUAUCUGGACAUACUAGCGCAUGGAAUGCUGUUGGUCUGGCUGUUCGCUACGCGCAAACCCUAGGCUUGAACCUGCGUAAUGAUGUCCCAGAGUUUGAUGAAGUCGAAAAGGAGAUGAGGGUCCGGAUGUGGUACACACUCUACUCUCUCGAUCACUUGCUAUGCACAAUGACGGGGCGGCCAGCUUGUAUCCAGAACAAGGAUUGUAGUGUGCCUAUGCCAAGGCCUAUUGAGCAGGAGCAGUACCCGUCUCAGGGGGCUUUCGGUUCGGCACUUGGGAGGUACUCCCAAGUCAUGACCCCCCCUCUCCCCUCGUCCAAUACACCAAGGUUUCCCCCACCGCAUUUCAAUCUUGAUAUAUUUUCUCCAGUUCCCAACUGCUUGUCUUCUGGGACUGCCGCCACCGGCAAUGGGCAAGGCUCGUCGAUGCCCCUACAUAUUCCUUCCAUAAUCCCUGAAUACCCCGCCACUUAUUUCAUAGAGCACACUAAGCUCAACCAAAUAAUAUCGGAGGUGCUCGCUCAAUUGUACCGCCCUGCUACCAAAGGCCGGAGCUGGAGUGACAUCCAGGGAAUCAUAUCAGCACUGGAAUUAAGGAUUAUGAAAUGGCGAACAGACCUUCCUCUGUACUUGGACUUUGGCAAAAGGCACAGCGAUCAAAGCUAUUGUCGACAGGUAGGGUCGGGUAUUCCAUGGUUAUGAAAGCUAGCGUUUCUGACUCUACGCUAGAGGAUGGCCUUGGCAUUUCAGUAUCAGUAUAUCCGCAUAAUUAUUAAUCGGCCUUGUCUUUGCCGGCUGGACUAUCGGAUACCUAACGAAUCCAAGCGCUCGCGUGGGUUUAACCGGUCGGCGGCUACCGCGUGUAUUGGGGCCGCUCGUGAGAUGAUAGCGCUCCUUCCUGAUGAGCCGAAUCCCGUCGGCCUGAUAAGCAUAUCCCCUUGGUGGUGUCUCUUACACUAUUUGGUCUCUGCUGGGACAGUUUUGAUCGUGGAGAUCACUAUGCGGGCGGAGCAUAACCCCCAACAAGCGGAUGGAUUGUUGAAGGACUCAAAGAAGCUGGUUUCGUGGUUAAGGGCUAUGGGGGCUGACAAUCUUGCAGCAGAGCGAUCUUGGACUGUCCUGUCGAAAUUGCUUAUUGUGGCGGCGCCCAAGAUCGGGGGUGAUACAUCGGAUGUACAGAGAGACUUUCCUCCUCCAAAGAGAAGAAGCAAAGAUGAGAAGGCGUGUUCCAGGGCCCACGGAAAGGCCUCUGAGAACCCCAGAGGAGGGACGGGAUGGGAAGGAGAGGGAGAAGGAGACUAUUGUCACCACCGUCAUCGAAAGCAAUCUCACGAUAGUAUGAGGGGCCAGAUGGAGAACAAUCUUGAACAGCCGCUUGGGGAUUUCCCCGAUAUAUUUCGUGGCCUUCUUACAGAUCCAUUUCCAUUUUCUGGGAUACCUGUUCACACGAACUUCGAUAACCCGAUUGCUAUGCAGGAGGCGCCACCUCAAUGCAUGCAACAAAAUCGCAAUCUUGCAAGCUUCGCCCCAAACCAUGAUGGCUGUCCCGAUGUGAACAUCCAGACCCCGCACACGAGCAUGAUGUUUCCUACCCCUGAGCAGUUACAAAACUUGUCAGUUUCUGCCAAGGAGGGGGAGGAGGAGGAGGAGGAAGGGCAAGAGGGGAACAAGCAGCAAGAGAAGCGACGGAGGAGGAAACAGUCACAGGGGGUAUGCCAAAUCUCGCUGCCUCCACCAUUCCCACCUCAGUGGGCCCCUCCGUCUCCCAUGCAUUGCCUACCCCAAUCACAUCCUCAGGGAAGCAGUGAGACAUUUUCGAUGGGUGGGUUGGCUCACUCGUUUAGGGACUCUGGUCAUGGCUCCCAAACACCGAGGGCCAGUUAUGAAGACAUCUCUAGUGGGAACAACGUGGGGUAGUGGAGAGUGGGGUGAGCUCAGGCAUGCAUACACACACACAUACUCCCUCUCAGAGAAGAGUGCCUCCCACUUAUCCAUUAACCAACUGACCGACGCCCCUUUACGAAUCCUGUAAAUUUACACGUUUUUUCCAUUUUUCACUUUUCCACUUUUCCUCGGCUUCCUCCAUCCAACAAGGGGUGGUCUUCACUUUUGCGUUGCUAUCAUCGUUUGGCCCGGAGCAGCAGGGAGUAUAUUUUGGUUUCCUUUAAGAAAAGGGGGAUAUAAAGGAUGGCUGGACCCCCCUUAUUUCCUAGUGUUUCCAUCAUUUCCAUUUUGCUUUGUUGUGUGUUUUUUAUUUCUUCCUGCUUUUUUUUAUAUAUAUUUAUUUUUAUAUUUUACUCUUUUAUUUCUCUGAUCGCCGCAACUUGGCGGGAUUUGAAGUAACCGCUGUUGUUUUGGAUGGGGUUCCCCCUUUUCUCUUCAACGAAGGAAACCUCCUUCAUUCCUCUCAGUUAACCACCUAUAUCCCUCCUUUCACAAUGGCUCGUAUUUUCUUUACUUGUCCUUAGUCCAACAGACCUUGACUCCCUUUCCCGCCUUCCCCCACCUUCUCCCGCCUUCUCCCACCUUCUCCCACCUUUCCCCAUAUUUUCAUUCCUCCCUUCACUAUUCCCCCUCACGUUAGUUGGUUGUUAUCCGGUAGAAAUGUGGACUACGAAAGGUAAUGAAUAGGAACGAUGACUUGUGUCCCCUCCAGGUGGUGGUGGAUGUUUUUCCAUUUUUUCCUCUCUUCAUUUCUUUCCACCUUAUUCCAUUCAAUCGAUUUUCCCUCUUCUUUUCCUUUCCGAUUCCAUUCUUAUAACCUUUAAGCAGUAAACAAGCCAAGCAAGUACGUAACCUAUUAAAGUACGAUAGCAAUUUCAACGCAAGUUUUCAGAG